AUGUCGUCGACCGGUACCACCUGCUGCACGUACAGCUUCGCCGUGGAGGUCGAAGACGGAGCUCCACAGGCUCAGCGCUCGUCGCCAGUGAUCUGCAAAGACUACACCAUGGCGGAGGCCGCCGUCCACCUCACUGUUGUCGCCGGUGGCCAGCCGGACCAGGAACGAUAUACCUGCAAUGGGUCUGUUGAUAUCAGAGGCAAUCCAGCUUCUAAGAAACGUACUGGAAACUGGAGAGCCUGCUACUCAAUUCUAGGUGGCGAAUUUUGCGGUGCUUUAGCGUACUACGCAGUUGGGACAAACCUUGUGAGUUACCUGACAAAGGUACAGAAGCAAAGCAAUGUUGCUGCAGCGAGCAAUAUCGCUUCGUGGCAGGGCACCUGCUACCUCACUCCUCUUCUUGGAGCAUUCUUGGCAGAUUCAUACUGGGGCAGACAUCGAACUAUUGUGAUUUCCCUGAUGAUAUUUACCAUUGGAAUGGUUCUGCUUACACUUUCAGCAGUGGUUCCAGCAAGCAUGCACACAAUGGUGAUCCCUCAGGAACUUUUGCCUUCACUGGGCCUGUUCCUGACUGCUCUAGGCUUAGGUGGAAUGUGGCCAUGUGUUCCCACAUUUGGAGCUGAUCAGUUCGAUGACACAGAUGCGACAGAGAAGGUGCAGAAGGAGCUAUAUUACAACUGGUACUUCUUCGCCGUCAAUGGUGGUUUCUUCAUCGCAAGCACACUCCUUGUGUGGGUUCAGGACAACUAUGGAUGGGGAUGGGGCUUUGGGAUCCCUACGCUGUUCUCAGCGACCGGUAUUGCUGGGUUUCUUGCAUGUAUGAAGCUUUACAGGUACCAGAAACCGGGAGGAAGCGCCCUCACUAGAAUUUGCCAGGUUGUGGUUGCAGCCACUCGCAAGAUCAAUGUGGAUGUGCCAGAUGAUAGAUCUCUUCUGUAUGAAAUGCCGGGCAAGGAGUCAUCAAUCGUAGGGAGCAGGAAGCUGAUGCAUACUGAAGGACUAAGGUUCUUUGAUCGAGCUGCUACUAUCACUGCCUCUGACGAAACAUCUAGUAACAUACCUAGUCCAUGGAAGCUUUGCACGGUGACACAAGUGGAAGAGCUUAAGAUCUUGGCAAGAAUGUUGCCAGUCCUGCUAGCUGGCAUAAUUUUCAACACUGCUGAAGCUUUCUUCCCUCUGUUCAUCGAGCAAGGACAAGUCAUGGUCAACCACAUCGAUGGUUUUUCCAUUCCUCCAGCCACUCUGACGACCUUCAAUUGCCUCUGUAUCCUCAUCUUGGCCCCAUCUUACAACAAAGUUCUCGUGCCAGUUCUAAGUAGGAUCACUGGCAUGAAGAGAGGGCUGUCUGAACUCCAGCGCAUUGGUGUCGGUAUGGUUUUUGCUAUGCUUUCGCUUGUUUCAGCAGCACUGGUUGAGAUGGUGCGCCUCGACAUCGCGAAGAAGGGAGGCCUAGUGCACCAUAAUUCUGCGGUCCCGAUGAAUAUUCUGUGGCAGGGACCACAGUACUUCUUCAUAGGUGUAGCAAAAGUAUUCACUGUGGUCGGUUUCAUCGAAUUUGCAUACGAGCAGUCUCCUGAUGCAAUGAGAAGCUUAUGUCAGGCUUGCGCUCUCAUCAUGAUCACGCUUGGGAGCUACCUAAUCUCUAUCAUGUUGAAAUUCAUCAAUUCAGUGACAGGGGAAAACGGGAGCCAUGGCUGGAUCCCGGAGAACCUCAAUGAAGGUCAUCUGGAUCAUUUCUUCUGGUUGAUGGCAGGAUUGCAGCUGCUGAAUGUGCUUGUAUUUGCGUAUAGUGCCACGAGGUACAAGCGCAAACUAGCUAGUUAAGUUUCUUAUCCUAGUUUGAGCUUAGGAGUGC